ACACUUGAUUGUUGCAAACAAGUUGGCAGCACCGCAUUUACUUUACUGCUUAUUUUUAAUUAUUAUUUUGAAAUGCUCGCAAAAACUGGCGUUCAAUUUUUGGGGCUUAGUUUGCGACUAACUCGAGUUCGCCCCGGAGUAAGUCAACUUAAUAAAUGGCAACAGCAACUCCAGCAACCAACACAGACAGCAGCUGGAGAAGCUUCGCCAAGUCCGCUUUGGUUUCAGCAGACGCGCGAUUAUGCAAAAGGCAAGGACCGCAAGAAGGAGAAGGGCGGCAAAGGAAAGCCGGUCAAAGUGGAGAUCAAUGAGCAGCAACUUCGCGAACUGAUCAAUUUGGACUCUCUCAAUGCACAGAUGGAGAAGUCAGUGGCGCAAAUGAAGGACGACUUUAUCAAGAAUCUAUCGUUGCGCUCCACAAGCGGCGCCAUCGAUACUCUGCGCAUCAAAGUUGACGGCGCAGAGCAUGAACUCCAGGAAUUGGCGCAAAUCUCAAGAAAGAAUCCUAAAACAAUUAUUGUGAAUAUGAUUGCAUUUCCCCAAACGAUUCCCGAUGUGUUGCGUGCCAUCGAGAAAAGUGGCAUGAACCUGAAUCCUCAACAGGAUGGCACUACACUCUUCAUACCUAUACCCAAGGUGACCAAAGAACAUCGCGAGCAUCUUUCAAAGAAUGCCAAGGCCAUGUUCAUCAAGUAUCGCGAUGCUAUACGCGACAUACAAAACGCACAGAUCCGCAAGCUGAAGAACAAAUCGGAUAUAGCUAAGGAUGAUGCAUUUGCUGCCCAAACUCAGGUCACAGCCAUAGCGGACAAAUUUAUUGCGGAGGCGGACAAACUGUUGGCCAACAAACAGAAAGAGCUGCUGGGCGAUGCCUAAAACUAUGAUUGAGACUUAAGACUGAUAAUUGCUGUUGAUUCUGUUACCACAAUAAAUGUUACUGCCUCACAA